GGACACCGUAGGCUAGCUGAGAGGAUGCAGGCCAAUGGGGGUCACAGAAUUUCCUUGGCAAAAGCUGGGUUCCGCGGGACUCGGAGGACAGAUGGCGUGAAAGCUUAGCAAAUGGGGAUCGCUGCCAUCAUGGACACGAGUCGUGUGCAGCCCAUCAAGCUGGCCAGGGUGACCAAAGUGCUGGGCAGGACCGGUUUGCAGGGACAGUGCACACAGGUAAGAGUAGAAUUCAUGGAUGACACCAGCCGCUCCAUCAUCCGCAAGGUGAAAGGCCCUGUUCAAGAAGGUGAUGUGCUCACCCUGUUGGAGUCGGAAAGAGAGGCUCGGAGGCUGCACUAAACAUGCCUGCUGGGUCCAUCUGGAUAUCACCAUUUGGCCCAUGAGACGACCUGCCACUGUUAAA